GAACUUUUCUAAAAAAUGUGCCUUGUGGAGUAUAAUUUUAAAACAUUUAGCAACAUUGAACACACUGAAAAUUGUUUUAAACAUUCAUUGCAUGAUAAAUACUCUGCUGGUUUGUGUUGAAUCAUCGAAAAUCUUCCUACUGUCUUCCCACAUUAAUGAAAUGAAAAUUACAAAGUGGAAAGUUUUAAUAUAGAACCAAUUCAAGUCGUCUGCUGAUAUUAAUGAAAUUUAUGUCCUAAAAUGAGUAGUAUCAUGGAGUUUAUUAGUCAUCAUUCAAAUCUACUUCUCAAGGAGUUCUUAAGAUUGUACCGAAACUAUGAAUGGACUCUCAGUUUUUCAGAUAAACGUGUUGCUGAUUGGCCACUAAUGAAAUCUCCUAUACCAACGGUGGCUUUAAUAAUUUUCUACCUUAACACUGUUUACUUUGGACCAAUUAUUAUGAAAAAUCGAAAGCCUUUGCAGAUGCGUUGGGUGCUUCUCUUUUACAACCUAUUUAUGAUGCUUCUCAAUUUAUAUAUUGGUGUGGAGUUGCUUGUUUGUGCUCUCCGUCGUAGCUAUAAUUGGUCAUGUCAACUUGUUGACUUUUCAGAAAACCCACAUGAAGUUCGGAUUGCUAAAGCAUUGUGGUGGUACUAUUUUUCAAAGUUUCUAGAAUUUUUUGAUACUUGGUUUUUUAUUUUACGGAAGAAAAACAACCAACUUUCCUUUCUCCACAUAUAUCACCAUUCCACGAUGUUUGGUCUUUGGUGGAUUGGCGUAAAGUGGGUUCCUGGUGGAUCAUCCCUUCCUGGAGCUAUGGCCAACUCUUUCGUCCAUGUAUUAAUGUAUUCUUAUUAUGCAUUAAGUGCUAUUGGUCCAGCAUUGCAACCCUACUUAUGGUGGAAAAAAUAUCUUACAAUAGUGCAAUUGAUACAAUUUGUAUCUGCAAUGGUGAUGGGAAUCAAAGCAAUAAUUUACAAUUGCCAGUUUACUAGAUGGAUGCAAUAUGCUCUUGUAGCCUAUUCCUUUUCUUUCAUUGUAUUGUUUGGAAACUUUUAUAGAAAUUCAUAUUCCAAGAAAAAUAUCCAGAAAAAGCUAAAUUAAAUACAGAAAUCCUUGAAAUAGUUAUUUCUGCUUGGUGGAAUAGCUGUGAUCUCUUCAAAACUGAAACUCACAAGCUUUGAAUUUAUGAAACUCCAGAGACAUGUCAGCAUGUACAUAUGCAAUGGGAAGAAUUCUUCAAAUGAAUAAGUGAAACACUUUUAGGUUUUAUUAUUAUUGAAAAUUAUAUUUGCCAAAGCACUUGCCUUGUGAGAGAAGCCCACUGAGACAUAAAAUGCUUUUGAUUAUCAACAAUGUGAUAUAAUUUCAUGCUGUGUGCAAUAUAUGUGUUAAAAUUUUUAUACAUUCCAUAUUACUUAUUAUGCUUUUGCAUUUAUUAAUGAUAAAUUUCUGCUAAAUUUUUAUGGAAUUUCUAAAAUUAAAUAUUCUGGAUAGUUUUGCAUCAAAGUGAAUCAAAUUUAUUUAUUUGUAAUUUAUUUAUUAUUUAUUUUCCCUCUUCUUUAUUUAUUAUUUAACCCCCCCCCCCUUUAAAAAAAAUAAAGAAAGAUUAUUAUUUGAAAAAUAUUAGGUACAUAAAAGGUGAAUUGCUGACAAAAUAUCAUUAUUGUGAUAAAUUCAUGUCUAUUUUAACUUCUCGGUAUGUAAAGCUCCUUGAACUGUAUGUUGAAAACAACGUCAAGAAAAAAAAUGUGAUGUAAAACUCGUGGCAAGUCAUUGUGAUUUUUUUUUCAGUUUAUAAUUAAUUUUGUGAAAUGGAUUUUUAAAAAAAUGAUCAUUCUUCUAUAUUGCAUGUAUGUUUACAUAUUAUUCAUUCUCUAACUUGCAAUAAAAACAAUUGUGUUUUAUAAUUUAUGUUUUUAAGUAUUAACUGAAUAACAUUCCUUGAUGUUCUACUCCAUCAUUUGCAAAACUAAUAAUAUUAUUACUUAAAAUUAAUUUUUAUUCUACUUGUCAAAAGUCAAAAUUUAAGUUUAUGACAAAAAUAUAUGUUAUAUAUGUUGGUGUGAAAACCAAACUUGUGUGUGUGGGGAAUAUCAACUUUCACCAGUGAUUCACCAGAAAUAUUAGGGUCUUUUCGCAAUAUCUUCCGAAGGUGGAUGUUUAUAUUCGCCAGCUUAUGUUGACAUAUAUACCAGAUUUCAGGAUUUUGCAGUAACAUAUGUAAUAUACAUUUACCUGAUUAAAUAUUAAAAGUAUGUUGUUCUGCAAUGACUUUACUAAAUUGCAUUCCAUCUAACUUAUUGUUUUUGCUGUGGUUCUACUUUUUCCAAAUUAAUUUUUCUUUUAUUAAAUCGAUGCAUUGUUUGUUUACCGAUUCACUUUAAAUAACCUAUUUUGCUUUAAGUAUGUUUGUAUGUAAGCAUUUUGAAAUAAGGGGUGAAUUAUUUUUAAUUACAAACUGCACCUUUGACCUGCCUAAAAACACUUUUUUAACUCUAAAUUUAAAAACUAUUGCAACUAACUUUUCACUAAAAUUUACU